UAGCUAACGCACAUCCAAAGCACAUGCCAUGAGCCGGGUUUGAGACUGCAAAAGCUGGGGGGAACAGCACACUCACGACUGCGAGAGAAAUCCGAUGAGAGGAACGGCUCAGAGAGAGUGAGCUGCCGUAGAUUGUCCAAAGGGGCAGCGUUUCUCCUAGUUCCGGUUUGUCUGCCUGUGCGCGCUGUGCGAGUUGGGACCCUAAACAAAAGGCUGCCAUCAUCCUAAAGGAGAUAUUCUACUGCGAGAGAGCCCGACUGCUUGAUGCUAACUAAACAUGAGCUCCUAUUUUGUUAACCCUCUUUUUUCUAAAUACAAAGGCAGCGAGUCACUGGAGCCAACUUACUACGACUGCAGGUUUCCACAAAGCGUUGCCCGCAGCCACACGCUGGUUUACGGACCCGGAGCAGCCGCGCCGGGCUUUCAGCACCCGUCCCAUCAUGUGCAGGACUUUUUCCACCACGGGACCACGGGGAUCUCCAAUCCCGGAUACCAGCAAAACCCCUGCGCUUUGGCUUGCCACGGAGACGCAACGAAAUUUUAUGGAUAUGAAGCCCUUCCGAGGCAAACGCUUUAUGGUACCCAGCAAGACGCAAGCCUAGCGCAAUACCCAGACUGUAAAUCGUCGAGCAGCUCUAACCCCGGAGAAGGACAAGGCCACUUAAAUCAAAACUCCUCUCCCAGUCUUAUGUUUCCCUGGAUGAGACCCCACGCCCCAGGAAGACGGAACGGGAGGCAAACCUACAGUCGCUACCAAACUCUUGAACUGGAGAAGGAGUUUCUCUUCAACCCUUACCUGACCCGCAAGAGGAGGAUCGAGGUGUCCCACGCCCUGAGCCUCACCGAGCGGCAGGUGAAGAUUUGGUUUCAGAACAGGAGGAUGAAGUGGAAAAAAGAGAACAACAAAGACAAGUUUCCGGGUCAGAGAGGGGAGGCUGAAGCCGAGGCCGAGGAAGAGGGCAACGAGGACGGUGAAGGGGAAGAGGCCGAGGAGAAAGAAGCGGAAGAGAAAGAAGAGACCAAGGAGUGAUUUUAUGGUCCUUUUUAUGGUUGUAUGGCUGAAAAAGAG